AUGCACAUAGGUAGAAUUCGAGAUAUCAAGACCUUGGAGAAUGAUAUUCAGAUCAAAGUUCGAGUUUGCAGGCUGUGGAGGUUUAAAAGAUUCAAACCUAUUAUGAAAAACGAUGGACUUCAGUUCAUAUUGUUUGAUGAGAUGGAGAAUCAAAAUAUUAAAUUGGCUCGUGUGAUUGAAAUGAAACUGAUAGUCAUUCCAAAUGACAAGUUAUUGACUGCAGUUUCCCAGUCUACCCCAGUAACAGAGGCAUUUAAUCUGGCUAACGAUAUUCUACCACAAGGUGUUAGUGGUGUCUCUGAUAUAAUCACGAUUCCCGGGCUGGUAAAUGUUGACUUUGCUGAUGUAAGGGUUAUAAUGGCGAAUGCAGAGUCAGAGGCUUCGCUUAUGAUUUUGGACAUGAUUGUGCUGGAACCUAAUUACUAUAGUGCCUUCCAUGAUGACAUCACUGUGGCUAACCUUGUGAAAAUUACUGUUGUGAAUGACAUCAAGAACUUCUCAGUUUAUGGGGUAAAUGCUGCAGCCGAGGUUAUAUAUUAUCUUGUUGAUCCAACAGCAAAUUUAAUAUUUGGAGCAGUGACAGAUCCAUCACUCAGUGGUCAGGUUGGCAUCACUCUAAUUGCUUCUGGAUUCAAACGCAAGAAGAAAGUGAUGGGAGGCCACUCCAUGUAUUCCUCAUAG